AAUCCCGCCAGCUUCAUCAAAUGCUUCACAUAUCUAAUGAGCUUGACUGGCUGGUUUCAUACCGCAGCAAAACAUCCUCUAUAAUGGCGGUAUCGAUAGCAACCGAGCGGCAUUGACCGGCGAUUUCACCAGCAGCCAGCAAAAGAAAACAAAUUGCACGGCCUGGCUAGCUCUCUUGCUUUCUCCAUUGCUAGCUGGAAAACGCAAGUGGAAUAAUGUAUGUAACGAAUAAACUGCAAGGGUACCUGCCGGAACUAACGUUAGCUAACUAGCUUUAUUUAUUUGGAGUUCGUAGUGGUUGUUGCUACUGUUAGCUUGCUUGCUAACGUUAGCGCAUUCAUUUGCGGAAAAUGGAAAGUGUGCGGAUAGUGGCUGGGGAGAGGAGCCGAUUGGAGGUGGAUUCCCUGUCAACGUCAGUCGGAAUAUUAGACUCGGAAAAUGGACAAAUAAGAACUGGCAGCAAGUUUUUAAAGGCCAGUGGUGGUGCACUCUUCCCCGCUGGAAAAAUAACUGCGACGGGGGAAGAUGAUGGCGGGGGCGGGGAGACAAAACUCUUGGGACUUGCUACCACCUCCCUACUUCACAUAGCGAUACGGAACGGGAUUUACCAAAACCAGGCUGCUAACGCCACCAGUAGUGCUGCCAAUCUCAACAUGACCACCGGUAAAACACCCAACAUCUACAGCCUCGUAUCGGUCAGCAGCACCAGCGUGAACUCGUUGUUGACCAGGAGACGGCGGCACAAGAGGAACCUCUCGGCCGCAGCUUCGACAACCUCAAGCCCACCCGCAGUCUCCUCCGUUGGGGGAGUGAGACCCACACUGUCCGCAUCGUCUGUCAACAACACACUGAGCCUGGAUAGAAAGACCUUGCUUCGCCAGAAGCAGGCGAAGCAGCUCCAGCCCAACGACAAGGCGUGGGUCCGAGCUGACCUCCAGCAGGGUUGUAUCCACGUCCAUGACCGACUCACGCCCUCCUACCCCCGGGCGGUACUAUGCACCGUGGACACCACCGCUGGGGAGAUAGCGGCUCGUCUGGGGCAGCUUGGAGGUAAAUGUGGAGGGAUACUAAGAAUGACUCGCAAAACAAGUGCUUAUGUUGACCUGAACGGUAACUGCAAUGGUAGCCAUGGGCAUAUUGACUACCAACUUGGUGUGAAUAAAAGUAACAACGUGAAGACCUCCUACCCGGGUUCUGUGAUCUCCUACUCGGGGUCAGAGGAGAACCAACCAGUCUCUCCAAUCAAGCGGCUUCAUAGCAAUAACAACCAUGCUCAAUAUUACCUGGAAACAAAUAUAUUACUUUCUGACUACAAGAUACCAAGCACCUCUUCCUCUGAGGUUUAUCUAAAUGACAGUGAGGGUGCAGACAUGGGCCUGAGUGGGGCCGACAGUUGUGGACUGUACUCAGGCUCAGACAUGGAGAGUAGCACCUUUGAUGAUUUGAGCCCCGGUGGUCCGCGGCCCAGCCAACACCAGAACUCCCUCAGUGAUGCUGCUGUCCUUGGGACCAACUCCUCAGUGCUCAGCCCAAACUUAGAUUCCGCCACGGAGGAAUUGGACCCGUUUGGGAGUUCCUCAGACGAGGUUGAGCUAGACCCUUCCCCGACACACACAGCCAGCAUCCCCACUGUCACUCAGCAACAGACCCUGGAGGGGAAAUCCAUGCACAUCCCCUCAACUGAUGCCUGCAAAGCUCCUGACAACAGGCUAUCAAAGUCAAACCAACUGGGAGACAAAAACCCUGCUGAUGAAGGUGGAAAAACAGGUAGCACUGGAGGAGAACCCAGACUGAUCAAUCCCCUGUCAAGCUGUGUCAGUAACUCACUGGCCCUACCUCUGACUGGCAGAGCAGCUGUUGAGCGUGACCUGGUCGUUUCAGGGGAGCUGAGAGGGGUCCCGGGCCCAGAGAAAGCCUCCCCAGCACCGGCCCUCUUCGCCCAGCUGCACGGUGGAGCUAUGAGGAGGCUGGAGGAUGAUGAGAAGCCUCUGCAGAUGCAGAAUGAGUACCUCUCUAAUCUGGGCUAUGGAGACCCGUGGCGGGUACAGGAAGAGGGUAUGGACCCAGAAAUAGGCUGUCUCAUACGCUUCUACGCAGGUAAGCCGCAGUGUGUGGGUGGAGCAGACCGGGUGCAGCUGACGGGUGUGUUUAAUGUGAGGAAGGGUAAGCUGGCCCUGCCUGUCAACCGGUGGUCUCGACGACACGUCACCCUGAGUGGCACCUGUCUCAUCGUCUCUUCCGUCAAAUACGCUCACACCGGCAAGAUGCACAUCCUGCCCCUCAUCGGUGGAAAGGUGGAGGAGGUGAGGAGACACAGUCACUGUCUAGCCUUCAGUUCUUCUGGUCCCCAGAGUCAGACCUACUACAUCAGCUAUGACUCCUACACAGAACACCUCCGCUGGCACAGACAGGCUGCCAAGAUAGUGUCUCAGAGGGUGAGUUCUGUGGACCUGUCAUGUUGCAGUCUGGAGGAGCUGCCACCUCAGCUGUUCUACAGCCAGGACCUGACCCACCUCAACCUCAAACACAACUAUCUGACGGGCCUCACACAUCUCACCAGAUUCUGCAGGUUGAGGAGCCUCAAUCUCUCUAACAACGCUCUGUCUGACUUCCCUCUGGCCGUGUGUGACAUCACCUCCCUGACAGAGCUCAACCUCCAAGGCAACCUUCUGACCUCUCUGCCCUCAGCACUGGGGACCAUGCACAACCUGCAGACCCUGCUUCUGGACGGUAACUCUCUGAACUCCCUGCCUGCUGAGCUGGGCUCUCUGGAGGCCCUGACCUACCUGGGCCUGUCCUUCAACCUGUUCAGCAGCGUACCUCCAGCCCUGGAGAGGCUCAGGGGGGUGGAGAGGCUCUGUCUGGCUGGGAAUCAGCUCUCCUCCCUGGACAUGGUCGGCCUGCAGUGGCUCCCCCACCGACACAUAGAUCUCAGGUUGAACAGGCUCCAGAGGGUGGUGGUUGGGGAGGCUGGCCUGCUGAGCCACGUAGCCCAGUUAGAUGUGCGGGAUGCUGGGUUGGAGGAGCUUGACGUCAGGACCCUAUCCAGGCUGGAGCUCCUACGCUGUGACAGAAACACACUCACACUCCUUCGAGUCAGCGGACUAGCACUCAAGGGCCUGCACACAGCACAAAACGAGCUGAGAGCGCUGGAUGUAUUUCCUGUUCCAGAGAGCCUCACUGUUGUGGACGUGUCCAGGAACCAUCUGGACUGUGUGCCUGACUGGGUGUGUGAAAGCAGCCGACUAGAGGUCCUAGACAUCAGCCACAACAACAUCAAAGAGCUACCCAUACGGUUAUUCUGCAGUGCUAGUCUUCGUAAAGUGCUGGUGGGAUGUAACAGUCUGCGUAGACUACCUGAGCGGCUGGAGAAAUCUCAGCUAGAGGUUCUAGAUGUACAACACAACCUGCUAACUGAGCUACCGCACAACCUCUUCAUUAAGGCCCAGAGCUUGCGCUACCUAAACGCAUCAGCCAAUAAGCUGGAGUGCCUCCCUCCAGCCAGCCUAUCAGAGGAGGGCUUCAGCAGCCUGCAGGAGCUGUAUCUGACCAAUAACAGUCUGACGGACAAGAGUGUCCCGCUGCUGACUGGUCACGCCCACCUCAGGGUGCUGCACCUGGCCUACAACCAGCUACAGACCUUCCCAGCCAGUAAGAUGGCUCGGUUGGAGCAGCUGGAGGAACUGGACCUCAGUGGGAACAGGCUGAGAGCGGUGCCCACCACCAUCCUGAGCUGCAGGCACAUGCACACACUCUCUGCCCACUCCAACAACAUCACUGUCUUCCCUGAGGUCCUCCAGCUUCAAGACAUGAAGGUAGGACAGACACAACAUACACGCUCUGCCCACUCCAACAACAUCACUGUCUUCCCUGAGGUCCUCCAGCGUCACGACAUGAAGGUAGGACAGACACAACACACACUCUCUGCCCACUCCAACAACAUCACUGUCUUUCCUGAGGUCCUCCAGCUUCAAGACAUGAAGGUAGGACAGACACAACACACACUCUCUGCCCACUCCAACAACAUCACUGUCUUCCCUGAGGUCCUCCAGCUUCAAGACAUGAAGUGUGUGGAUCUGAGCUGUAAUGAGUUGUGUGAGGUAGUCCUCCCAGAGUCUCUGCCUGCUAAACUACAGGAGCUAGACCUGACAGGCAACCCUCGCCUCAACCUGGACCACCGGAGCCUCGAACUGCUCAAUAACAUUAGGUGUUUCCGUGUGGACCCAUCUCCCUCCUCUUUGUGUGGCAGUGAGGGGCCCGGGGAGCCUGCAGUCUGGAGCCACGGAUACACAGAGGCCUCUGGGGUCAACAACAAGCUGUGUGUAGCAGCCCUGGCGUUGGACAGUUUCCGUGGAAGCAGGGAGGCUCUGUACGGGGUGUUUGACGGAGACCGGAACGUUGAGGUGCCCUACCUGCUGCAAUGCACCAUGGGAGACGUGCUGGCCGAGGAACUGCACAAGAGCAAGAACCAAGAGGACUAUAUGACCAACACCUUCCUCACCAUGCAGAGGAAGUUGGGCACGGCAGGACAGAGGCUGGGAGGGUCCGCGGCCCUCUGCCACAUCCGUCAUGGCCUCGUUGCCCCAAGCGACCGUGGCGGCGGGGGCUGUUUCACGGUGACAGCGGCUAACGUGGGAAGGUGUCAAGCAGUUCUGUGUCGUGAUGGCAAGGCCCUCCCUCUCUCCACCACACACACCGUCAGACAGCAGUCAGAGUACCAAAGAGCACGCCAACACCAUGCUAUCAUCACGGAGGACAACAAAGUGAACGGAGUGACGGACUCCACCAGGAUCAUGGGCUACUCCUUCCUGUGUCCCGCCGUGACCCCACGACCCCACAUCUCCACGGUAACCCUCACCCCACAGGAUGAGUUCUUCAUCCUGGCCAGCCGGGGCUUGUGGGAUACCAUGUCCACCUGCGAGGCAGUGGAGGCAGUGCGUAACGUCCCAGACUCCCUAGCAGCAGCCAAGAAGCUGUGUACGCUGGCGCAGGGCUACGGCUGUCCUGACAGUCUGUGUGCUGUGGUGGUGCAGCUGAGUAUCACUGAAGACUGCUGCUGCUGUGAGCCCCCACCACCCCCACCCAGCCCCGGCCUGGAAACCCAACACACCCACACUGCUGGUAACACACACCACCACCCCGGCUACGGCUCAGCAGAUGGAACUCUACCAUUACCGCCUCCGGCGAUGGGGACAGGAAGUGAGGUCAGCAGUGAGGUCAGCACGUCGGAGAUGAGCAGUGAGGUGGGGUCGACGGCGUCGUCGGACGAGCCAGCCAAUCAGAUGGAGAAGGGCGUGGUCCUGGGGGUCGUGGGGGUGCUGGGGCGGGGAGUGGGGGUGUAUGGAGGUGGAAGAGCAUCGUUCCAGAGGCAGUACUCGGGGGCUCUGUCUGACAAUGGGCUGGACAGUGAGGAUGAGGAGCCUAUAGCUGGGGUGUUCUCUAAUGGGAGCAGAGUGGAGGUGGAGGCUGACAUACACUGUCUGAGAGCACGGGCCAGCUCUAUACCAAUACCCCACACACACCCUGACCCACACCCUGACCCGCACACACACACACACCCCAACCCUGACCCGCACACACACCCCAGCCCUGACCCGCACACACACCCCAGCCCUGACCCGCACACACACCCCAGCCCUGACCCGCACACACACCCCAACCCUGACCCCCACACACACCCUAACACCUCUGUCACACAGCAGCCUGAGCCUUUACCUCCACCCUCCUGCCAGUCAGCCCCCACCCCACCCUCGUCCCCCCCUCAUCCGUUUCCUUACCAUCAGCCCAGCCCUGACCCUGAGACUAGCCCUGACCCUGUAGUAGAAGAGGAGCUGAGGGCUGUAGAGACAGACACUGUAACACCCAAACACACUGUUCAGGAACAGGUGGGGCCUGGAGAGACUGGUGCGGGCUCAGGCUCUAGCUCGGCCAGUAGGACUCUGGGUGGGACUCUGGGGCGUAAGGGGCGGGGUAAUGGCUCGGUGGCGUGUCAGGGGCGGAGCCAGGAUGUGAUAGAGGAGGUGGGUGACGCUCCCGUCAGGAAGCAAGGAGGUUACUUCAACGCUCCGGCCCAGCCGGACCCUGACGACAAGCUCGUCAUUCCUCCCGAGCUGGAGGAGGAGAUCCGGGAGAUCAUGAAACAACAACAGGAGCAGAGUCAGACACACCCCCAGGGCCACCAGACACAUCCCCAGUCACCGCCUGCAGCAGAAUACUACGUCACGCCCUUCUAGCUCACCAGACCGUUCUGUUACAACCCCUUCACAGCACAUUAGACCGCACCUGUGAAGAAUCCCUGCUACGCCGAUGUAUAGAAUGUCUGGAGAUGAGUUCCUGUAUGGGUGUGUCCCAAGUGACACGCUGUUCAAUAUCCCAAUGAAUGGGAUCAGAGGUUGAGGAGUUACGGGGGAAACAUGCACAGUCCCUCCUGAAGAUGCCUCAUACCUGCUAAUGGCCAGCAAUACUUGUUUUAUUCUGUUAUCAUUUUAUAUUCCUAACUAUAUGACCCCAGGAAAUACAAUGCAUUUUUAUAAACACAGGCAUUAUUUACUUGCUUCACAAUGUUCAAGUUAAUUAAUACAUUUUUUAUCAUAUUUUGUGAUGAAUGAAGGAAUUGAUUAAGCACUUUUUUUAUGCAGAGACUUUUAUUUGAACUAAUUAUAAAGCUGAAUGAUACAUUCUGCUAGACUGACUGAACUAUUAUUGCUAGAGAGCUGUUUUCUUUCUGCCAGCCAGCAAGGCAGCCUGACUGUGGCUCCCUCCCUAAUGGCACCCUGUUCCCUAUUGCAGAGCCCUUGUCAAAAGUAGUUCACUAUAUAGGGAAUUGGUUGCUAUUUGGGACACAGACUGUGUAUGGUUGCCUGUAGGCCUCUAAAGUAGACUGAUGCUGAGAGAUAAACUAAAUCCUAGGAGUUGCAUACUCUUAAGUGUGACCUAAUAAUUGACGUGUACUAAUCUUCUCUAAGAGAAAAUACUUUUUAUUUCAGAAGAUUGUUGACACAGACAGAUGUCUGAGGGAGGGAGGGAGAGAUGGAUGGGGAGGCAUAGGUAGAAGUAUAAGGACGGGGGGGAAUACUGGUAUUACGCAGCUCAAUGAAUGUGUGGGGCCUAUGUGAUCUAAUGAACUCCAACAAAGGCAUUGUUCUAUCUAAGCUAAUCACACAGGAAAGCUACUUUUUCUAUAAUAAAUCUACAUUUUCAAAUAA